CGUUUAAAGCCGUUUCUCUCGCUCCUUUAUGUGUAAAAAUGUACUAACGGCGCGUUUUUUGGCUCGUAACUCCGCCGUGGUGUGAAACCGAGCGUCUAAAUGUGCUUUUCUGAUAUGAAUUAUUGAUCAUUGAUCAGUUUCUGAGCGGAGCUGCUGGUCGGCGGUUGUCGAUGACGUCAGAGGCCGUGGUUGCUAUGGCGCCGACUGGCCCGGGAAACUUGUUUAGCGUUAGCGUUAGCAUUAGCAUUAGCUCCGGCUGAAAGCUGCGGGUUUGAAGCUCCGGGGUCGGUGAGGAACUCCGGGCUUUAUCUGUUUAUUCGCGUUUGAUAGACGCUCGGCUUAUUUAGCCGCUCUGAACUCUUAAACGGGGCUGUUUAUACAUGUUUUUCCAGAGGCUCUUUAGCCGCGCUGCUAACCACAGCGCUCAGCUUUAGGGGGGUAUAAAACCACCCGGCGGGGCUUUUAACGCGAAUAUAUCGACUUUUAUCCUCCACACCUUCAUCUGUGUGUCUGUAAACAGCGAAAUGCCGAUGGGUUCGUGUUAAAUUAGCCUUAGAUGUUCACAAAGCUUCCUAUUCACCAGCCUUCUUGUUCGAAUUGUUCCGUUCCACCUUAAAUAGAGAGCAAGACCUGUUAGAAAACGGCUCUGGAGGACUGGGUCAGAACCAAGUCAGCUAAAUAAAGUGCGAGAUGUCUGUGGAGACGGCAGAUGUUCUGAGCGAUGUGGAGCCCCUGCCUGUGUCCUCUCCUGCGUCCCCCUCUCCUCCUCUUUUCCCUCUGUCCUCCUCUUUUCCCUCUCUCACUCGCUCCUGGCCCUCCUCUCCCCUCUCCUCCUCUCGCCAGGUCACCGCUCGGCUCUACUCGUCUCUACAGCGCAGUAAAGAGCAGGAGCUCUACAGCACCGGCGGUUACACCGCCCGCCGUCCGCUCGUCUCCACCGACCACUCGGCCAAAGCCAGGCAGGUGUCCUUUAAGCCCUCCUCUCCGGAGCUGGGCUCUCUUGCCGUGGCGACAGGCUCUGUUCCCUCCGACAGGCUGAACGAGUCGCAGCAGGCCGACUUGAGUCUGGAGGCGGACUCCUCCCGUGACGCCGCCUCUGGAGCGGAGGAGACGGAGUCGGAGGCGGAGCUGAUGACCGGCGAGAUGGACCUGAAGCUGCAGAGCAGCGUGAACAGCAGCGCUAAGCUUUCGAGCGGCCGGCGGCAUAUCGAGGAGAUGGAGAACGUGAGGAGUCAUUUACAGACGAUGCUGAGAUCAGUGCCCACAGCGACUGACACAGACGAUCUCCUGAGACCUGCAUCACAGCAUCUUCAGGACGACUCGUACAAGAGUGACACCACCUCCCACCUGCUCAGUGCGGCUCUCUCUCUCGGCGGUGUAGAGGAGCUGUUUCCGCGGUAUUCUCGUCUCCGUGCCGGCGUAAACCCCGCGCCCCUCCCGUCUGUGUCCGAGCUGCAGGUGAUCAGGGAGAGUCUGGACAGAGAGAGAGCGAGACGCAAGCACUCUGAGCAGCAGGUGUUGGUCCUCCAGAAUAAAUUGUUAGCGCUGCAGCAGCAGUUAGCACUGGCCGUGUCUGCUGACCGCAAGAAGGACAUCAUGAUCGAGCAGCUCGACAAGACGUUGGAGAAGGUGGUGGAGGGCUGGCGUCGGCACGAGCAAGAGAAGAGUGAGGGAGUGAGGCGGCUGCAGGAGGAGAAGGAGGCGGCGGAGAGUGCGCGGGACAAACACAGAGAGGCUCUGGCGAGCUUUGAGAAGAGUCUGUCAGAGGCAGCGGAGGCGCUGGAUAAGGAGCAGAAACGCAGUGAGGAGCUACAGAACGUCAACAAACAGCAGGAGCGGGAGCUGGCGGAGCUGCGGGGGUGUGUGGAGGAGCUGCGUGUCCGGGUGGAGGAGCGGCGGUCCGAGGCUGAAGAGGAACGAGCCAAAUCGGAGAAACUCCAGACUCUCGCCGUCACUCUGCAGACAGAGCUGGAUCAGCAGAACCAGCAGAGCCGACACUCACUGUCUCAGCUACAGCAGGACAUCACGCGCCUCACGCAGCAGCUGGACACGGAGAGGGAGCGUGUGGGCCAGGAGGUGCAGCUCCGCGAGGAGGCCCAGUCCACAGUACGGCAGCUACAGCAGGAGCUGGAGGAGACCAGGAGAGAGAGAGACACGGCCCGGGUGGAUCGAGCCCUGGACCAGGCUCGUUUUGAGGCUCAGCGCUCUCAGUGGGAGGUGGAGCUCAGACUGUGUGUGGAACAGCAGGUCACAGAGCGACUCGCAAAUAUCCAGCAGGAGAACAGCACAGCUACAGCUAAACUACGGGAACAGCACAGGAAGCAGUUGCUGGACCUGAGCGCUCGUCAGGAACGAGAGCUUUCAGCACAGAUGGAGGAGUUCAGAGUGCAGUUAGAGGAGAAAGACGAGAAGCAGCAGCAGCUCGCGCUCCACUUCAACAACAAGAUGGCGGCACUGCAGGAAGAGAUGGUUUCUAUGGAAGCCUCUAAGAGGAGGCUGGAGACACAGAGGGAGGAGCUUGUGUCCCGCCUGCAGGGGAUGAUGCGCUCUCAUUGGACGGAGGCUCUGAGGCUGCUGAACAAUCAGGAGCAGGCUGAUGGGAUGUUUUCUCCGAUGUCCCUGUGGGACGGUUCUAAACCUCACUCUUCCCCUCAUGAUCCAGACAGCAGCAUCUGCAGCACAGCUAACACACUCGCUUCAGCUGCUCCUCGGGCCGUGGUUCUGCAUCUGUCCAGAGAGAGGGAGCGAGGGAUGAAGGGAGAGGAGGAGGUCAGAGUGGAGCGAGGGAGAGGAGAGAGUGACUUUGGUCUGUUGGAUCACAGUCACGUGUUCUGUCCUCUGGAGCCGGUGCUGGACGACACUGACCUCACAGCUGUGGGAGGCAGUAAUCUGACCGGUCUCUGGGACAGGCCUGGAGGAGGAGAGAAACAGAGGGAAGCAGGGAGAGAAAGAACCGAGAGAGAGGGCGGAAGGACAGGGAUCAGAGGACAAGCCGUAGAGAUGGGACCAACUGUAAGAAGUCAUGGAGAGAGUCCGGGUCAAGCUCUGAAUCAGACUUCGAAUCAUUUCAGGAAUCAGGAAUCAUAUUCUGAUUCGGACCGCAUCCGGAGUCAGUUUGAGCAGUGUGUGAACAGGCAAGCGAAUCAGAAUCCAGAUCAGAGCGCCAGACUGAAUCAGGUACAUGCCUCCUCAGAGAGACUGACCAGUCAGAGCUACAGCUCAGAGAAGGGGGCGGGGAGAUGUGACGUAUCUGUAGAGAAGUAUAGCGGCGCAGGAAUGAAAGCUCCGCCCAUGAAAGAACAGUCCCUGUCAAUCAAAGAAAGAGCUCCUCCCACUGGGACCAGCGGUUCGUCUCUGGGUGAAGACAGACAGAAUGAACUGCAGUAUUACAUCUCAAAGCUGCUGGAUCGUUCUCCUGGUGACCCUCUGGAGGAGCAGCCGGUAGAGCAGCGUAAAGCAGAAACGCUUCCGGUUAACCCAGGUGUGAACUCUCAGUGGGACGGUUUCUCCUCUGGGCCGAGAGCUCUGGUGAAUUCCCUCCUCACUCGAGCACCAGCUCCUCCGCAAGCCGUAAACCCUCCCUCCUCCACACACAUGCCCUGUGGACCACAGGUCACACCCUCAGUCCUGCGAGGGCAGCCUGACCCACAGCUGGAACAGCUGGCUGGGCUCCUCCGCCUGGCGUUACCUCAGACGCCCACCGACCAGCAACUCCAGCAGCUCCUCGGCAGCCUCAUCAGGCCGGAGGAACCCUGCACUGACCCACUCAGAGCCAAUCUGGACCGCAAACUAGCACAGAACGAAAAGAGAGAGCAGCGUCAGCCUCCGUCCCGCUCUGCUCCCAGUGCCACCUCGCGAGGACGCCGCAGUGGACCACAAUCCCACAGGUCAGGGUCAAAGGUCAACGUCUGGAGAUGAGAUGGGACACUCCCUGUGUUUGUGAGAGAGAGAUGUGAGAUAUGUUGGAGAGAGAUGGUGGAUUGAAUGUACUUCUAAACCUUUUUCACUAAUUUAUUAAACUUUAAUGUUUUUAAUGAACUGUAAAA